AAGUAUAAUAAAUCCGUCAAUGAAACUGAUAUGAAAUUGUAUUCGACAUUUUGUAAGCGAAUUCGUAUUUAAUACCGAAAAUAGUGCUUAUUUUUAGUUUGUGAUUUCAUAUUUGUUGAGUGCCCUGGUGUUGAGUGUUACUUAAAUCGAGACCUCUUUAUAAAAUGUAAAUAAUAGAACCAGUCCGGUGACAUAGAAAUGGCUUUUGAGAAACCUCCAGUGAUCGUAGACACGGGAAGCUACACCAUAAAAGCUGGUUUCGCAUGCGACAACCAUCCCGUGGCCAUCUUUAGGACGGCCGUUGGUCGCCCGAGCUACCUGAAUGGCAGUUACGGGAAGGAGCCUUACGAUGUUUAUGUUGGAAAUGCGGCCGUAGAACAGGAUGAAGACCUAGAGAUCAGCUACCCUGUAGUAAAAGGGAGGAUAGUCCAUUGGGACAAUAUUGAAAGGAUCCUUCAUCACAUCCUGUAUAGGGAGCUGAAGGUAGCUCCCGAGGAUAGAGCCAUCAUGCUGUCUCUUACUGCCAGUACGCCGAUGAGCGAGAAGUUUAAAUGCUGCGAAAUAAUCUUCGAAACGCUAAACUGCGUAGGGCUUUGCAUUCAGUCACAGGCCGUUCUUACCAUGUACGGGAGUGGAUACACAACAGGCAUCACCGUCGACAUGGGAUAUGACAAGGUAGACAUAUCCCCGGUGUACGAGGGAGGUCUUAUUGCGUAUGCGCAAACGACUACUGGCAUCCCGAGCUUGGAACUACAUGAGUAUAUACGGAAGCUGCUUGAAGAAAGAAAUGUCAACAUAACCUCUCAACGAGUGCUGCGUGACUUAAAAAAGACAGCUUACAUUACGAGAAACGCCGCGUAUAACAUGAAGACUGCUAAUAAAACCUUCACUCUGCCCGACGGCGAAGUUAUAGACAUAAGCAACGAAGCCUUCAUGGCAGGGGAAGUCCUCUUCCAACCGGAACUGGCAGUUCCAGGCUGGGACGUAUUGUCAUUACCCAAGGCAGUACAGAAGACAUCAGAAAUGUGUGACCCUGAUUUACGAACCGAACUGUUGAGCGGUGUCGUGCCCUGUGGAGGCAUGUCCAUGAUACCUGGACUAUGUCCUAGAUUAAAACAAGAUCUGGAAGUACUGACCGGCGAGGUAGUGAACGUGUAUUCGUCGGACGAGGCGUAUGCUCUGUCGUGGCUUGGUGGCGCCACAUAUGGAGGUAUGCCGACGCCGAAAAUAUGGGUUACUAAGAGGCAGUACGAAGAUUUCGGAGAGAAAAUUGUCAAAAACAAGUUUACUUAGUUAUUUUUGUCUAGUUGUAAUAAAAAACAUACCUAACUGAUUAUUUUGUGUUAGCUUGAUUUCAUUAUCUAGACUUUUGAACACCGUUUGCAAAUGUAUAUGCUUCUGUAAAAUCCCGUUUUAAAAGAACAUUCAGCUGAAUACAUAGCAUGACAAAUACGAACGUUUCCAUAAAAGUACAAAGGGAAUGGUUAUUUAAUAUGUAUCUGUAGAUUCC